UUAUAAGAUGUGAUUAUGGAGUCGCGUUGUUUGGACGGUUUAGAUUUAGGAAAAUGGGUGAAUGUGUAUGAAUCUUCAUACUCUAGCAGCGUAGCAAAUAAAAAGCCGAGCAUCGUUUUCUUCUUCCUCCGCCUCUCUGUCUCUGUCUCUGCCUGUGUGUUGCAGAAAUGGGUUCUCGUCUUCUUCAUGAUCGGAUCGCAUCUGAGACUCAAGAGUGAUCUGUCUUCUUACGGUUUUGACCCCACCCGAGUCACGCAACUCUCUUGGCAUCCAAGGGCUUUCUUGUAUACAGGAUUUCUCUCCGGCGCGGAAUGCGAUCACCUCAUUAACCUUGCAAGGGAUAAGCUGGAGGUAUCGAUGGUGGCGGACAAUGAUUCGGGGAAGAGCAUAAAGAGUGAAGUGAGGACGAGCUCCGGUAUGUUCCUACAGAAGGGUCAGGAUGAAAUUGUUACAGCCAUUGAACGCAGGAUUGCUGCUUGGACUUUCCUUCCGCCAGAAAAUGGGGAGUCCAUUCAAAUACUACACUAUGAGCAUGGGCAGAAAUAUGAGCCGCAUUUUGAUUAUUUUCAUGACAAAGCCAAUCAAGAACUUGGCGGGCAUCGGGUUGCCACGGUAUUGAUGUAUUUGUCUAACAUUGAGAUGGGCGGGGAGACUAUCUUCCCCAAUUCAGAGGGUAAAGGCUCUCAAUUGAAGGAUGACACCUGGUCUGACUGUGCAAAAAAUGGCUAUGCAGUGAAACCCAAAAAGGGUGAUGCCUUGCUAUUCUUCAGUCUUCAUCCAGAUGCACAAACUGAUCCAGACAGCUUGCAUGGAAGCUGCCCUGUCAUUGAGGGUGAGAAGUGGUCUGCAACAAAAUGGAUUCACGUGAGAUCUUUUGAUAGUCUAGGGAAGCGUGCAGCAAGUGGCGGAUGUGUGGAUGAGGAUGAGCUUUGUCCCCAGUGGGCUGCCGCUGGAGAGUGCCAAAAGAAUCCUCUUUAUAUGGUUGGCUCUCCGGAUUCUGAUGGCUUCUGUCGAAAGAGUUGCAAGGUAUGUGCAUCAUAGGUAUAUCUACUUCAUUUGAAGCCCAUGAAAUGGUAGGAAUUGGAUCUGUAGCAAGUGCUCUCUAGUUGUAUAUAAAUAUCAACUCAAGUUGGUUAUCAGAGAAUUUUGAAUAUCUAGCUUAGGAGUCAAUUCACAUCAACAGUUUCACUGCAUAACAUCCUCGUUGUUGUAUCAUGGUCAUGAGAGCUAAGUACUGCCUUUUUGUAUCAGCUUUACCGGUCCUAUUUUACAAAUCCAACAUUGCCAUAUGGAAAUGUAGCUGGUGGUUGGUUUUGAGAAAGUAA